UCCUCGACCUGCUGGAGGCGCUCAACAUCAGCCGCUCCGUGCCAGGCGUCACCAAGGCCAAGGGCCCCAAUCCGGGAAUCCCGGCCUGGAAGUUCCGCCGGCGGGUGCCCCCGCUCACCCUGCCCUGGGAUUACUCCGUCUACCUGCUGUCCACGGUGCAGGCUGCCCUGGGGUUCCACUUCGUGGCCCGCCAGAACCCUGGCUCGCAGGGGACCCUCAUCUCCCUGGCCUCCCCGGCGGCCACCAAGCGGGACGGGCGGCCCCUCUUGCAGCUGGUGUCCAGCACCCGGGAGGACCAGCUCCGGCUGGAGUACCGGGCCAUGCAUAACACGGAGCCCGCCUCGCUGGUCUUCCCUGGAGGCACCCCCUUCUCCCAGGGCCGCUGGGUGCAGCUGGCCCUGCACCUGGAGCCCCAGCGCGUCUCCCUCUUUGUGGACUGCCAAGAGCCCUUCGUCUUCGAGAAGAGCAGUGGGGAGGGCCUCCUGCGCCUCGCCCUGCCCCUCGAUCUGCAGAUCACCUUUGCCAGUUUGGCUGGAGACGAGGCCAGCAAGUUCCUGGGCUCCUGGCAGACGGCUGAGAUCUCACCCCAUGGCUUUCCCCACCGCCCCUGGCACUGUGAGAAUCUGCCAGAGCUGGACCUGUUCUCUCUGCCCUACGCUCUGCCUGAGGAGCAGUACGUGGAUCUGCUGGAGGGACCUUCCCUCGAACUGGAUUCCUUGCCACGCUUUGAGCCGCUGGCCCUGGCGGAUACCCACCACUACCAGCAGGAGCCCAGCCAGCCGGAUUUCCCUCCUCUGGGAUCUGCACGGUCUGGUGUGGCCAGCCCAGAACAGCGGAUCCAGAGGCUGGAGGAGCUGGUGGAGGGACUGGGGACGAUGCUGGACAUGGUGAAGGAGCAGAACUCAGACCUGCUGGGCCGGGUGAAGUCCCUCGAGCACUGCGAGUGUCGGCGGCUGACCUGCUUCGCAGACGGGCGGUCCUAUGAGGAGGGGGCUUCCUGGGACCAAGACCCGUGCACCUCCUGCGUGUGUGUGCAAGGCAAGCCGGAGUGCAGUUGGCAACCCAGCCGGAUGCACUGCCUGGGUUGCACUGAUGGGAGGAAAGAAGGUGAGAGCUGGACGCCAGAUCCCUGUCGGAGAUGCCAGUGCAAGGAUGGCAGAGUCACCUGUGAAGUGGAAGAUUGCCCCCCUGCGCCGUGCCAGCAUCCUGCCACCCCUGGGGACAAGUGUUGCCCAGAGUGUGGGGACUGCCUGUACAAGGGACAUCUGCUGAAGGACAGAGACGGCUUCCUGGAGGACCCCUGCACCCACUGCACCUGUGAGGCAGGCACAGUCCGGUGCCAAGUGACUGAAUGCCCGCAGCUUUUGUGCCAGGACCGCUACACGCCACCUGGGCAGUGCUGUCCCAGUUGCCGUCCAGGCUGCGAGUACGAAGGAGAGCAGCACCCGGACGGAGACGUCUUCGUGGCCGCUUCUGACCCCUGCUUGAAUUGCUCCUGCCUGAGAACCCUGGUGCAAUGCCACCCCAUCCAGUGCCCACCAGCCCUCUGCUCCAUGCCCGUCCUGCAGCCAGGCCAGUGCUGCCCCACCUGUCCCGCGUGCGAGCUGGAUGGGCAUCCCCUGGAACCUGGGCAGCAGGUCACCUCGGCCGACGGAUGCCAACGCUGCUCCUGUUUGGAUGGGAAACGUGUCUGCUCCCAGAUCCCUUGCCCAGAGCUGGACUGUUCCAAUCCAGAGGAAGUGCCCGGGCAAUGUUGCCCCCAGUGCCAGGGUUGUGUGGACGGAACCGCCAGACACGAACACGGGGAAGAGUGGACGCCUCCCACGGAGCCCUGCCUGAAGUGCAAGUGCCAGGAAGGCAAUGCCAUCUGCAAACGGAGGCAGUGCGCCAGUCUGUGCCGCCACCCUGCCCACCCUCGCCCAGGCACCUGCUGCCCUGUCUGUGAUGGGUGCCUUUGGAAAGGGCGCGAGUACCGCAGUGGCGACGCCGUGCAGAGCGAGGACCCCUGUGAGCGCUGCCGUUGCCUGGCUGGUGAGGUCUCUUGCAGACGGAUGAACUGCCCGCCCACCCCCUGCAGCCACCCGGGCAAGCGUCCCGAGCAGUGUUGCCCCACCUGUGAUGUCUGUGAAUUCGAAGGACGGUUGUACCAGGACCAAGAGACCGUUCCCCCUGCCGAGCGGGGUCCCUGUCUGCACUGCCAGUGCUUGGACGGGCACGUCCGGUGCCAAGAGCAGCUCUGUCCCCCAGCGCCAUGCUCCCAGCCGCUCCAGGACCCAGAGCGCUGCUGCCCCGUAUGCCCAGUGUGUGUUUUCGAGAACCUGGAGUUUGAGGAUGGCACCGAGUGGGCACCCGCGGGAGACCCCUGCAGCGUCUGCACCUGCCUCCUGGGGGAGACGGUGUGCCACGCCCUCCCCUGCCCCCCAGUCGCCUGCCAGCAUCCGGCCCGGCUUCUCGGCUCCUGCUGUCCUCGCUGCCACCAGUGCUCCUACCACCAGCGCCUCUACAGCCACGGCCAAGAGUUCACCGAUCUGGACAGUCCCUGCCAGAGUUGCCGGUGUACGGGUGGCACAGUCCAUUGCUCACCCACUGUUUGCCCGCCAGUGACCUGCCCCCACCCAGAGCAGAGGCCUGGAUCCUGCUGUCCCACAUGUCCUGGCUGCCUUCACGAGAACCACGUGGUGCCAGAGGGAGAGGAGCUCCCUGACCCGCUGGAUCCGUGCCAGGCCUGUGUCUGCACUGGUGGAGCGCUGAUCUGCACCCCCCGGAAGUGCUCGGCUCCCCUCUGCGCCCACCCCUUGCCAGGCUCCUGCUGCCAGAACAACUGCAACGGUUGCAGCUACGCCGGAAAGGAGUACCCCAACGGGGCAGAGUUCCCCCACCCCACUGACAGUUGCCGGCAGUGCCACUGCAUUAACGGCCACGUGCAGUGCCUCUCCCGUCGCUGCCCACCCCUGCUCUGCCCCGAGCCCUUCGUGAAGCCCCAAGAGUGCUGCCCCCAGUGUCCAGCCCCUCCGGCUGGCUGCCUGUACUUGGGGGUCUCCUAUAAGCACCUGGAGCGGUUCUACGACCCGUCAGAGAAGUGCCGGAACUGCGUCUGCGCUAAUGGCACCAUCACUUGCCAGCGCCAGCCCUGCGCGCCAGUCCAGUGCUCCCACCCGCUGCAACAGGGCUGCUGCCGCUCCUGUGACGGCUGCCUUUACCAGGGCAAAGAGCUGCCCAACGGAGAGCAGUUGGCAGACCCCCAAGCCCCCUGCCGCCUCUGCUCCUGCUGGGAGGGGAGCGUCGUCUGCACGCUCAAGACCUGCCCUCCGGUCGAGUGCGCGUUCCCGGUCCCCGGGCCCUGCUGCAAGAGCUGUGAAGGGUGCGAAUACCUCUCCGAGCGCUACCUGAAUGGGCAGGACUUCCCGGACCCCCAGGACGCCUGCGGUCUCUGCUCCUGCCUGGGCGGCUCCGUCACCUGCACGAAGAAGCCCUGCUUCCAGGCGCCCUGCAGCCACCCUCGCCGGAUGCCCGGACAAUGCUGCCCUGUGUGCCACGACUGCGCCCUUAACGGGGUCAUUGUUGCCAAUGGCCAGGCCAUUCCCGAUCCGGAAGACCCUCUCUGUUCUCAGUGCACCUGUCAGGCGGGCUCACUCCAUUGCAUGAAGAAGCUCUGCACGCCAGCCAGCUGUGCCCAUCCUGUGCCCGGCCCAUGCGCCUGCCCCCUGUGCCAGGGGUGCAGGUUCCAGGGUCAGGACUACGGGGAUGGAGAGAGCUUUGCUUCCCACAACCAGCCCUGCGAGGAUUGCCAAUGCCAGAGAGGCAACGUCUCCUGCCGGCCCCGGCUGUGCCCCCCGCCCCUCUGCCCCCCCCCCUCCCCCCUCCCCGCCCGCGGCCCCUGUGGCUGCCCCAUCUGCGACGCCUGCAGCUUUCACGGGCGGGACUGUAAGGAGGGGGAGCGCUUUCCCGACCCCCAGGAUACCUGCAGCCGCUGCAUGUGCCUGCGUGGCACUGUUAAGUGCUCUCCCACACCGUGCCCCCCUACGCCCUGCCAGGAGCCCGUCACGCCACCCGGCCAGUGCUGCCCCAAAUGCACGGGCUCCUGCCGGUACCAUGGGCAGCUCUACAAGAGUGGGGAGGUCUUCACUUCACCCCACGAUGCGUGCCACAAGUGUACUUGCCUGGCUGAAACGGUGACAUGCCAGCCAAAGCCUUGCCCGCAGCAGUGCACCCACCCCGUGCCCCCAUCCGGGGACGCCUGCUGCCCCCUCUGUGACGGCUGCCUUUACGAGGGCCAGAAAUACGCCAACCGACAAGCCUUCACACCACCCUCCGACCCCUGCCAGCGCUGCAGCUGCCUCCGGGGCAACGUGCUCUGUGCCCCCGUGGGGUGUCCUCCGGCACCAUGUGCCAGUCCCAGCCGCAGGCCUGGCCAGUGCUGCCCUCGGUGCCCAGGGUGCCAGCAGGCAGGCCGGGAGUAUCCCGAAGGCGCUCGGUGGCUCUCGCCUCUGGACCCUUGCCAGCAGUGCUCCUGUGGGCCUGGCGGGGAAGCCUCUUGUGAGCCGGUGCCCUGCGAAGCUGCGCUCUGUUCCCACCCGGCUCCGGGCCCCUGCUGCCCCCUGUGCCACGACUGCCUCUUUGAAGGGGAGCGCUAUGCCCACGGGCAGGGCUUCCAGCCCGAGUCAUGCCUCCGGUGCAUCUGCCAGGAGGGGAACGUCCGCUGCGAGGUGAUCGCCUGUCCUCCUGCCACGUGUUCCCACCCGGUGACAGAGCCUGGCAUCUGCUGCCCCCGCUGCAAAGGUUGUGUGCACGAGGACCAGGAGCAGGCUGAUGGCACCAGCUGGUUUUCUCCCUCGGAGCCCUGCCAGGCCUGCCUGUGCGCAGACGGCGUCGUUACUUGCACCCAGGUCAUCUGUGUGAACUCCUGCCCUGCUCAGCUGGAAGUGCCGGGGGAGUGCUGCCCGGUGUGUGCAGACUGCAGUUACAAGGGCCACGGGUACAGGCCCGGCGAGAGUUUCCAGCCUGGAGAAGACCCCUGUGAAAUCUGCACCUGUCAGGUAGGUCCUCCCUCGAGGAAUUGGGAGGGAAAGGUUCCUUCGGUCCUGGCAGAUUGCUACUUGGUGGGACCAGCCCAGGGGCAGGAAGGGAGCAGAGCAGGGAAAGCCCUCAGCAACUGCACCUCCGACCUGGUGGGCAACGAGGUCCAGGCCACCAAGGCGCCCUGUUACACCUGUAUGUGCCAGGAUCUGACCUGGGUGUGUGUGCACCGUGGAUGCCCGCCGCUCAGCUGCCCCAUCGCCGAGCGCUUCACCCCACCGGGUUCCUGCUGUCCCAUCUGUGAUGAAUGCGUGAUCGAGGGUGACGGACGGCGCGUGUCCGACGGGGAGACCUGGAAGGACAGUGCGGACGGCUGUGUGUCCUGCUCGUGCAACCUGGGACACAUUGAAUGCCACAUCCAGGAAUGUUUGCCCUUGUUGUGCCAGGACGGCCUGGUGGAGGUGCGGGUGCCAGGGCAGUGCUGCGCAGAAUGCCAAGAUCCCGGCAGGGGCUGCUCCCAGAUGGGCCAGGGGUUCCGGUCCGAGCAGCGCUGGCAGGUGGACGAAUGCACCACCUGCGCCUGUGUGUCCGGCCAGGUGCACUGUCGCCGCGAGCGCUGCCCCCCCUCCGCCUGCGCCGCCGAUGAGUCUCCGGCCCUCAUCCCCGGCGUGUGCUGCCCCCGCUGUGUCCCGCAUCCCGCCACCUGCGUGGCCUUCGGUGACCCCCAUUACCAGACUUUCGAUGGCAAAAUGGUCCACUUCCAGGGAGGCUGCACGUAUGUCCUGGCCCAGGAUUGCAAGGGGGGGGACUUCAGCAUCCAUGUGACCAACGAGGACCGCGGCCGUCCAGGCGUGUCCUGGACGAAGGAGGUGGCUGUGCUGAUUGGGGACACCGCAGUGCAGCUGUUGCAGGACCACGUGGUCAUGGUGGACUCCCAGACGGUGACCCUCCCCUUCCUGAAGGAGCCCCACCUCUCCGUGGAGCGAAAGGGCAGCGCCCUGCUGCUGAACACCGACCUUGGCGUCCAGGUGCUCUGGAACGGGCGCUCCCACCUGGAAGUCAGCGUGCCCGGCACGUACAAAGGGCGCCUGUGCGGACUUUGUGGCAACUUCAACAGCUACCCCCAGGAUGAUCUGCGCAUGCGGUCGGGGCACCUGAGCCUGUCGGAAGCAGCCUUUGGCAACAGCUGGAAGGUGGUCGGGGCCAACGCUACGGGGUCUGGCCGCUGCGCCGACGGGCUGGACGCCGAUCCCUGCAAGGAAUCCGGGUACCGCUCCCGCAAAGAGGCCAACGCCCGAUGCAAGGUGCUGAAGUUGCCCCCCUUCGACCGCUGCCAUGCCGCCGUGCCCCCGGAGCCCUUCUUCGCCUCCUGCGUCUACGACCUCUGCGCCUGUGGGGCCGCCAGCGGGGACGAGUGCCUCUGCGAGCUCUUGGAGGCCUAUGCCAGCCAGUGCCGCCAUGCUGGCUUGACGCUCCAGUGGCGCUCGCCUACCCUCUGCGCUGUGGGCUGCCCCCAAGACCGGGGCUACGUGUUCGAUGAGUGUGGGCCCCCCUGCCCCAAGACCUGCUUUAACCACGCUGUGCCACUGGGUGUGCUGGAGUCCCAUUGCUUUAAGCCCUGUGUGCCAGGGUGCCAGUGCCCAGCGGGCAUGGUGGAACACGAGGCACACUGCAUCCUCCCAGAGGCCUGCCCGCCCAUCAUCCACGGCACCCUCUGAACCGGACUGUCUCCGGAGAGCUAUCCCGCUGAGUCCUCACGCCACUCACCGACAGCCGUGGCCCUUGGAGGCUCUUCUGGAGGCAGCUUCUCCAGCCAAGCAAAACACGACGUACAAGUUCACACACACAGCUCCCUCGGUGUACUUUCUCUCGAAGGCAGUUGGGGGUUUCCACAGAGGUGCCAGGCAAGGGCAGAAGCUGCCCCCGGCCACGCCUGAGAAGCUGGGCCCUGGUCCUCAGGAAUGAGGAGAAGAGUUGGAAAUGAGUUCCACCAAACGUUCCAAAAUGAACAGAAAGUUUGAAUGAAGAACCACAAUUAGUGACGCAAAACCAAAUCAUGGGAUAAACGGCCUGAUUUGUUUUGCUUGUCACAGCCCAGCUGGGUUAUGGGUCAGAGAUAUACUCAAUUCUCUAUCAAUAUCCCUUUCCUUCCUAGGCCUUCAGGCUCAAAUCACUCACACACACACCUUUUCUCGGUGGUCUCCCUCCACCUUCCGGGAAUGAGAUGGAUGGAAAAAAACUCACCCUCCUCUGACUGCAGAGCAAUGCUCCGUAUCAAGUUGGGCCAUGCUCCCGGCAUCGUCUUUCAUCCAGAGCUAUCUGGAGGGGCCCCUGGGCCCUCCUUGCUGGCAACCCCUGGAUCCUGCUUUCAAACAAUCUGGCCAUUUUGCUGGGCAGGAACGUCCCUGCUACGGCUUCUCCAACAUGGGCUCCUCCAGAUGUGAGGAAGGCACCUCCAGGACUCCCCAGCUGUGAGCCAUGUUGGCUGAGGGUUCUGCCGAUUGUCGUCCAACGCCCCGGAGGGUUCCCAGUUGGGGGGGGGUGUCCCCCAUCGAAAGAAGCUAGCCUGUGUUUAUUUGGGAAACAUUAGCCCAGCCCCGCCAGAUGUAUAAGGAGAAAUAUAGGGAUUUUUACCUCCACCAGAAAUGUGGGGAGAGAGUUUGAGGCAAGACCAGGCAGCCCAAAGGUAUUGCUUCUUGCAGGGGGCUGUGGGGCAGAAGCUCGUGGGGGGCCCUCCCAGCCCCACUCUGCUGGCAGAAAAGAGGGUGUUGGAGCGCCAGUGAUGUGGCCUUGAAAGAGAACUCACUCUGGAUUUUCUGAAACUUUUCCCUAACCCCGAACAAAGAAUCUUUUAUGAAAUGGAAUAAACGUGUUUGAAGAAAAGAAAAAAGUAGUAAAUGGUAAAUCUGGAUGAGGCUCUCUUCCACACCGACAGGACGUCCAAUAAAGGUGUUGGUUUGGCUAAAGAAAGCCGGGAUCCAGUGGGAUCCCUUGCAGGAGUGUCCCUGGGGGAGGGAAGUCAAAAUGGGUGAGCCAGAGAAGGUUGUGAGGGAAAAAAUUCCACCCCUCUGGUUUAAAGUCUUGCCCAGAACAAAUACCCCUGAAAAGUGAGCCUCUUUUCAGUUCAGCUUAGCCCAUGGUGAUCCCAGGCACAUCUGUGCACUUGCCAUCAGGGACUGCACAGGGUGAUUUCUUCCAGACACUCUUAACUUCCCGGUCCUACCCAAAGUUUUGGGAUCCUCUGGCGAUCUCCCAUCUGAAUAAUCAUCAAGGGGACCCUGCUUAGCUUCCCCACUGAGACAAGGUUCACCAGGUGCCAAUCGCGGAGACCAAUAUCUGUGACCAAUCUCCAUGAAUUUCAGCCGAAAGGGGAGUUGCCAGGAGCCCCCCCCCAUCCCUGCAAGCUAAAGUGGGGAGGGGGGUCUGUAACUUGCAGCCAGCCUUUGCCCCGGUGAAGCUGGACACCUGAGCAGACAGGCUGGGUCCACGAAGCUGCUGAAGCUGCUGACAGGAAGGUCCUUCACGAGCAUCCCUCGCGGGCGGGCUCGCUCACAAAGCAUGGGCAGUGAGAGACCCCAAGAAGUGGCCUCCAUGAGUGCCCCUAAGUACUUGGAGGAAGAGGAGGAAGAGGAACGCUUGUCAGAUCUGCAGGGAAUGCAACAGUGGGAGAGAAAGCUAGGCGGGGAGGGAGGAAGGAAAGAAAAGGGAGGCAGCAACUCCGGUUACAAGCC